AUUUCUCCUGCCCCAAUUGCAGGAUGUGAUGCUCUUGCAUGUGCGUUUGAGUCGUUGGCAUUUGGAAGCACUGCUAUGUGUGGGAAGAGUACUUUCUGGUUCUGGGUUAUAUCAGCUGUCCCUUUCUAUUGUGCCACAUGGGAAAGCUACUUUACCAAUACUCUCAUUCUUCCAGUUAUAAACGGACCGACUGAAGGUCUUAUGUUGAUAUACAUGACCCAUUUCUUUACUGCUUUUGUUGGUGCUGAGUGGUGGGCUCAGCCAUUCGGAAAUUCUAUCCCGUUCUUUAGUUGGGUUCCUUUUCUAAAUGGAAUCAUAAUGUAUAAAGCUGUUAUGUUAUUUAUGACAACCUUUGCGGUCAUACCAACAGUCUCAUUCAAUGUACACAAUGUUUACAAGGUCGUUAAAGCAAGAAACGGAAACAUGCUUCUAGCUUUGGCAAUGAUUUAUCCUUUUGUUGUGCUAUUGGGGGGAGUUCUUGUGGGGCACCUCUGGAAUUAUUUAUCUCCCCCCGAUCUAAUGAGGAGUUAUCCUCCUCUUGUAAUAAUAGGUACUGGCCUUGCAUUCGGGUUUCUUGUGGGAAGGAUGAUUCUGGCACACCUAUGCGACGAGCCCAAGGGCUUAAAAACAAACAUGUGCAUGUCUUUGUGUUAUCUGCCAUUGGCCAUUGCAAAUGCUCUCACUGCCCGCCUAAACGACGGAGUUCCGUUAGUUGAUGAGUUCUGGGUUCUUCUUGGUUAUUGUCUAUACACAGUGGUGCUCUAUAUGCAUUUCGCCACGUCAGUGAUUCACGAGAUUACAUCGGCUCUGGGAAUCUACUGUUUCAGGAUAACGAGGAAAGAAGCUUGAGCGUAUUUUGCUACUGCAUUACGCGCCGUAUAUUUUUUUUACGCACAUAUAAUAUUGAAUGCUUCCGGGUUUUUUUUUCGGGCUGAAUAUUUAGACAAAAAAAUAAUUUAUUUAAUUAUGUAGGUGUGGAUUAGGUUUGUUUAGUUAUUCGCUUGUGUAAUCAAGUAUCGUUAUGUAGGGGUUGUAAAAGAAUCGAAAGGCGUGGUGGUUCAAAUUUUUUAAAAGUUGUGUUUGAGCUUGAUUUGAUAAACAUUCAA